UUUCAUCUGGCAAAAAUGGGUGAACCUCAGCAAGUGAGUGCUCUUCCUCCGCCCCCAAUGCAGUACAUAAAAGAAUACACUGAUGAAAACAUCCGUAAAGGCCUGGCUCCAAAGCCACCUCCACCAGUGAAAGACAGUUAUAUGAUGUUUGGUAAUCAGUUCCAGUGUGAUGAUCUGAUUAUUCGACCCUUGGAGAGCCAGGGUAUCGAACGGUUGCAUCCAAUGCAGUUUGACCACAAGAAGGAAUUAAGAAAACUUAAUAUGUCCAUCCUGGUCAACUUUUUGGACCUCUUGGAUAUCUUGAUAAGGAGUCCGGGGAGUAUAAAGCGAGAGGAGAAACUGGAAGACUUGAAACUGCUUUUUGUUCAUGUCCAUCAUCUCAUAAAUGAGUAUCGCCCUCACCAAGCUCGGGAGACACUGAGAGUCAUGAUGGAGGUGCAGAAACGGCAGCGUUUGGAAACAGCAGAGCGAUUUCAGAAGCACUUGGAACGAGUUGUAGAGAUGAUUCAGAACUGCCUGGCUUCCUUGCCUGAUGAUCUGCCUCAUUCAGAGGGAGGACUGAGGGUGAAAGUGGAACCAAUGGAUACUGGUGAUGGCAACAACUGUAUGGGACAGAGCGAAAAGCAGAGAGAGCGUUCUGGUAGCAAGAGAGAUCAGGUUUUAGACAAAGAUGCAGCUAUGUGUAGUAUUAUUGAUGAAAUGACAUAAAAGCCCCCACUUAGCUCACUGUAGUGAGAGGCACAAUGGAUUCUGAAGGUACACACUAUGUUGUUUUGCUGCUGAACUAGCAGACAAUGCAUUCAUUGUGCACCUGCUGUAG